AUGGCGUCCAACAGCAAACUGAUUACUUUCGAAGAGUAUCAAGGUGUCCUCAAUGCUUACUUUGAGUGGGCUGAGAGCUACGACUCAAAGGACUGGGAACGCCUGCGAAAAAUCGUCGCGCCCACCGUCCGAAUUGAUUAUCGCUCUUUCCUCAACAAGUUAUGGGAGGCUAUGCCAGCAGAUGACUUCAUCAAGAUGAUCUCUGAUCCCAAAGUCCUCGGCGAUCCAAGACUCAUGACCCAACAUUUCUGCGGUGCUUCCAAGUACGAGAAGGUCUCAGACGACGAGAUCAUUGGAUACCAUCAACUCCGUGUGCCUCAUCAGAAAUACACCGACGCCACGAGAACAAAAAUCCUGGUCAAAGGCCACGCCCACUCCUCCAACCAGCAUUGGUACAAGAAGGUCGACGGUGUAUGGAAAUUUGCCGGUCUGAACCCAGAUAUCAGAUGGGGAGAGUAUGACUUCGACAAAGUCUUCGCUGAGGGUCGUGAAGAACUCGGUGAUGAGGAGUCCAAGGUUGCAGAGGAGGUCGCCAAGCAGGCUGAGGGCAUUCCAUCAAAAUAG